AUGAAAAAUGAAGGCAAGAAUUGCAAGGAGCAAACAACAGAAAAAGCAAAAUUAGACAAUAGAAAAGACAAACUGAAGGGUCAUGAAGGUAACAAAGGACGAAAGACAUGCAAGGAAGUUACAGAAGAAGACAAAGGAGUAAAAUACAUUGUUUACUGUAGUAUGCAAACAUCGUCAAUACGAAGCAAUCUUUCCCGUUUGAAAUUCACCCCCAUCAAUAAUUCUCUUAUUAUCUUCAUCGAGUCAAUAUCUCGAUUCGAUCUGUGUGAUGUCACAGUACAUAAUACAACGGACAAUUUUAAAGAUAAUUUGUCAUUUGACAUUCCAAUACACUGGUUCUGA